GCCCUUUCCUCCCAGCUUUGUUUUUUUACAGAAACAGUUCUAUAGCUUCUAUGAAUGGAACACGAUCGAAGAAUUGAGCUUGCAUCUCCUGCUCAGGGGCGGACUGACAACUCAUGGGGUCCCCGGGCAAUAGGAGAUCAUGGGGCCCCUGUGUCCUUGCCCAAACUCAAAAAAGCCUAUGAAAAAGGUGCCAGGGGCAUCUCAUGGGGCCCCUACUGACCCCAGGCCCUCGGGCAGUGCCUGAGUUUCCAAAUGGUCAAUCCGCCCCUGCUU